ACAAGCCAAAACCAUGUCUAGCAGAAGGUCAAGAGGUUCCGGAUCCACAGAAGAUGAGAUUAAUAAUCUCAUCUUAAAGCUACAAGCUUUGUUGCCACAUUCUGGUUCAAGGAACAGAAGGGUGCAGGCAUCAAAAGUACUGCAAGAGACAUGCAACCACAUCAGAAGACUGACUAGAGAUGCUGAUGAUCUGAGUGAAAGGCUCUCUCAACUACUGGCUUCCAAUGACAUCAAUUCUCUUGAUAUCGAAAGUAUCAAAAGUAUUCUUGGGCAAUAAAGAAGCUGGC